AUGCCACAUCAAUUUCAGCCCAAGGACGCAAGAAUAAAGAGCGACAUUGAUUUCGACGAUGAUGAGCUGACCUUGUAUUCCCAGUCAUCUCGUAAGACACGUACUCAAGAAUUGGCUGAUUUCCUUCUCUCCACGGGUCCAGAGGAGUUUCAUAAAAACAACAGCGUCCCAUCUAGUGCAAGUAGCAGUGGAAGUAGUACGACAAGUGGCAGCAUUGCUACCUUAUCAUUUUUGAAAAGAGCACGCAACAAGAGCAAAGGAACAUUAGCAUCCAUGACACAACAACAUGCAAAGCAGCAGCAGCACAAUAACAAAUCACAUCAUGGAUCGUCAUCAUCAUCAGCAUCAGCAGCAGCACCCGUAGCAACGUCGUCACCCGUAGCAACGUCGUCACCCGUAGCAACAACAACUCCUCCAAAGACACAUAUUGAGAUAGCUCCUCCCCCACCGGAACCUAUACUUCCGAGACGUGAAUCAAGCUUAUACAGUGGUUCCAUGCGCUAUCGCAGUAUGAGUAGUAGUCAUAAUGGAUGGGGGACUCAACGUACCAACCCUGCAAGUCCCAAAAAUCACGAGCGACACGUGGCAGAUGUAUUUGAAAGUAGACAAAUUGAUCAAGCUUUACAACAGAGGAUCGUCACCGCUACUGCGAACGGCCAUCUUCCCACAACCACAACCACCACAACCCCGUCAUCAUCAUCAUCCACUACAACAACAACAACAACCAAAAGAGUACGUCAUGCCCAUAUUCAAACGGAUCAAUCCUCUUUGAAAUCCUUGCAUCGUCCUCCAUCCUCUUCCUAUCGACCAGCCCUUGAUGGCAUGGAUUCUACCACAACGACGAUGCCUACUACGGUGGAGGAAUUGCAACGCCAAAUUGCCUUGGAGAAACAACGCCAAAAACGACUAGAAGCUGCCAUGAAUACCACGUGUGACCAAUUUGAAGUAUUGAGUGGUAUCGCCUAUGUCAAAUUACGGAUGAUAUGGGAAGAAAAGAUGCAUUGGGAAAGCGCUUACUUUGCCCUAAAGGAACAAUGCGGUGAAGUUUAG